CUGACGAAAGGCAAGGAAAGGCAUCAUAUAUUUCUUAGUGAUAAGAUUAAAAACAAGUCAAAAGAAUUUCUCUUUUCAAUUAAAGUUGUUUGUCCUGAAGCAUGCUAGCGGACGUAGACGUAUUCAUAUCCAACUACACACUAGUAGAUCCAGAAAUAUACCAAUUAUGGAUAGAGGGCUUUUCCUCGAGCGAGGCCGUUUGUUACUUAAAGCAGAAGGGAUUUGGUAGCAUGUUUGGUGCACCAAUUGAUCUCAUCGCUUCCGAUGUGCUCGAUCAUUAUCGCACCUAUUCUCUCAUAGAGCGAUUGCUGCAUGCACCGACAAAAUUGUUGGAGCAAUCUUGCUUUCAGUUGGAGCCACAAACGCGUGAUUUAAUUAUUGAAAAGUAUUACUCCAUAGAUGACGCAGUUGCGCGUGAAAUUUUGGGAAAGAAAUUGUCAUCGCGCUAUAGGAAAGACCUCGAUGAAGUGUCGGAAAAGACUUGCGUCAAACUAAAGUCAUGCAGGCGUCAAUUUGAUAAUGUUAAACGCAUUUUUAAGGCGGUGGAAGAAUUGCCUGGCAAUAUUACCAGUAAUAUUAAGCAAUUAUUUUCAGUUUCUGAUGAAUUGGCCAAAAAAUAUGCUUCAAUAGUCUUCCUUGCUUGCCUGCGUUUUGAGACUUCUAAAAAGAAGCUACAGUAUUUAACUUUUUCCGAUUUGUUUGCUUGCUCACAAGCCAUUAUGAUAUACUGGACCUACACCUAUCAACACUCCGGACCUGAGUAUUACGAUACAGAAAUGGACAAAGAGUUUCUGCUUGAUUUGCGUGAGUUGCGUUGUUUGCUGGAUAAGGAAAAAGAAAUCAAACAUCUUGUUUGCCUGCGUCUAAAGCCAGUGUUAUUGGAACGCGCUUACUUCGAACUGGACACAAACUUUCGCUCUUACUGGCGUGCAUUUAUCACUAUAGCCUGCAAUUUGCAUCGUAAUCGUGAGUUGCGGGACCUAUUUUUGGACCUCUGUGAGAAAUUGAUAGAACCAUGGCGGCAAAAUGGUUGGAGCCGAGAGCAAGUUAAUAAAUUUUUGUCGGCCAUAACGCAAAGUGUAUUAGAUUUGGAAAUUUCGCGUGACCAAGAGACACGCUGCCUUUGGGAUCGUUAUAUGCAAGUCAUAAGCAUUUGUUUGGACAGGAUGUAUCAUAUUUAAUUAAACCACUAAGCAUGGAUUUCGUGUUAUUUAAAAAGUUCGUUUUCUAUAUCUGUAAAAUUUAGUAAAAAGUUCGUAUGUAAUAAAAAACUCAAAGUACAUACAUA